UUAGGGCCGGCCCGCCCUUCCCCCCUCCCACUUGCGCCGCUCCGCGCCGCCCGGCCCUGCCCCUCCCACUGCGCAGGCGUCCUCCCAUCCGCCCAUCCCCCCGCGUGACCGCCUGUCCUCUCUCGGCGGCGUCCGCGGUGCGAGCCACAGCGCGCGAGGCGAGCCAGCGAGAGGUCGAUCGGUGCUGCCUGCUGCUUGUAGCCUAGGCGGGCCGGCGAGCCAGUGCGCGUGCGCGGCGGCGGCCUCCGCGGCGACCGGGAGCGGACGCGCGGGCUAGCAAGCGAGUGGAGCUGGGCGCGAGGCGAGGCCGAGCCAUAGCGACAUGGGGGACCGCGAACAGCUGCUGCAGCGGGCGCGGCUGGCCGAGCAGGCGGAGCGCUACGACGACAUGGCCUCCGCCAUGAAGGCGGUGACAGAGCUCAAUGAACCUCUCUCCAAUGAGGACCGAAACCUCCUCUCUGUGGCCUACAAGAAUGUGGUCGGUGCCCGGCGGUCUUCCUGGAGGGUCAUCAGCAGCAUUGAGCAGAAAACCAUGGCCGACGGGAACGAGAAGAAGUUGGAGAAGGUUAAGGCUUACCGGGAGAAGAUAGAGAAGGAGCUGGAGACGGUGUGCAAUGAUGUGCUGGCUUUGCUAGACAAGUUCCUCAUCAAGAACUGCAAUGAUUUCCAGUACGAGAGCAAGGUCUUCUACCUGAAGAUGAAGGGCGAUUACUACCGCUACCUGGCCGAGGUGGCUUCUGGGGAGAAGAAAAACAGCGUGGUUGAAGCUUCAGAGGCUGCCUACAAGGAAGCCUUUGAAAUUAGCAAAGAGCACAUGCAGCCGACACACCCCAUCCGGCUGGGCCUGGCCCUCAACUUCUCCGUGUUCUACUAUGAGAUCCAGAACGCACCGGAGCAGGCCUGUCUCUUAGCCAAACAGGCCUUUGACGACGCCAUAGCCGAGCUGGACACACUAAAUGAGGAUUCCUAUAAGGACUCCACGCUCAUCAUGCAGCUGCUGCGAGAUAACCUCACCCUCUGGACCAGCGACCAGCAGGACGAAGAAGCCGGAGAAGGCAACUGAGGCUCCCUGACCUGCCCCGCCCCCGCCCCAUCACCACCGGUCCUUCCUCGCCACAGUCACUCAGUAUCCAGUGCUAAACCUAUGUGUAUGACAGCACAGCUACUCAGAUCUGCUCUCCGCCCCUGGGAAGCAGUUCCAGAUAAAUUUAUGGGCAUUGCUGGACUGAUGAUUGCUUUGAGACCACGGGAGCUCCCUUUUCGAAUUGAGCAGACAGGUGCGUUCUGAAGGAGGCAUUUCACCAUGCCUGCAGUCUAGGUGAAUUGCAGGUAAAAGCAGUGGGGAAGUUAGAAACUAGAAAGGAGACUCAGCCUUUAACAGGCCACAGUUGGUAUUUAAAUGGUCCAUUUAAAACAAGCUGAUAGUGUUUUGUUAAGCAGUACAUCUGUGCAUGCAAAAAUGAAUUCGCCCCUCCCACCUCUUUCUUCAGCUAAUGGAAAACUUAGGGGAAGCUGAGAUGAAGAGACCACUUGCUCCUUUCCAUCCGCUUGGUAAUAAACUGUUUAAUGUGAGGUUUCAGUAGCGCCUUGUUUUGCCUCUUUAAAUUAUGACGUGCACAACCUUCUUUUCAAUGCAAUGCAUCUAAAGUUUUGAUACCUGUACCUUUUUUUUUUUUUGGUUGCGAUUGUUUAAGAAUCAUGGAUUUAUUUUUUGUAACUCUUUGGCUGUUGUCCUUGUGUAUCCUGACAGCACCAUGUGUGUCAGCCCAUGUCAAUCAAGAUGGGUAAUUAUGAAAUGCCAGACUUCUAAAUUAAAUGUUUUGGAAUUCAGUGGGUAAAUAAAUGCUGCUUUGGGGAUAUUA